AUGGACCUUCCGGAUGUUAAUGUGGAUUCAAUUAUUGAACGUUUAUUAGAAGUCAGAGGAAAUAGACCGGGCAAACAAGUACAGCUAGGAGAACAUGAAAUCCGAUACCUCUGUUUAACUGCUCGUGAGAUUUUUAUGAGUCAACCUAUCCUAUUGGAUUUAGAAGCACCUAUUAAAAUCUGCGGUGAUAUUCAUGGUCAAUACUACGAUCUCUUAAGAUUAUUCGAAUAUGGUGGAUUUCCUCCUCAAAGUAACUAUUUGUUCAUGGGUGAUUACGUUGAUAGAGGAAAGCAAAGUUUGGAAACAAUCUGUUUACUGUUGGCAUACAAGAUCAAGUAUCCUGAAAACUUUUUUAUUUUGAGAGGAAAUCAUGAAUGUGCAAGCAUUAAUCGUAUUUAUGGUUUUUAUGACGAAUGUAAGAGAAGAUACAACAUUAAGUUAUGGAAGACCUUCACAGACUGUUUCAACUGCUUACCUAUUGCUGCUUUGGUGGACGAAAAGAUCUUUUGUAUGCAUGGUGGCCUCUCUCCUGAUUUACAAAGCUUUGAACAAAUUCGUAGAGUGAUGAGACCUACAGAUGUACCUGACACUGGUUUACUCUGUGAUUUGCUAUGGUCUGAUCCCGAUAAAGAUAUCGUCGGAUGGAGUGAAAACGACCGUGGUGUCUCAUUUACAUUUGGUCCGGAUAUUGUGUCUAAAUUCUUACAGAAACAUGAUAUUGAUCUUAUCUGCAGAGCACAUCAAGUAGUUGAAGAUGGCUAUGAAUUCUUCUCAAAGAGACAAUUAGUUACCAUCUUUUCUGCUCCAAACUAUUGUGGUGAAUUUGAUAAUGCAGGUGCAAUGAUGAGCGUAGACGAUUCUUUAAUGUGUUCAUUCCAGAUCCUUAAGCCUGCAGAAAAGAGAUCGAAAUAUACUGGAUAUCCUGGAAAUAAAAAUCAACCAAGAGGAAAGAAAAAGAAUCCAUAA